CAUGGCCGUCGUGAUUGUCGUCGUCGUCGUCUCGUCGUUCCAUCAUUAUCGUAACACUCGUUCGUUUUUGUGUGUGUUAUAAAAAAAUAAAAUAACAAUUAUCAUUCAACAAAGAUAUAAAUAAAUAAAGUGAUAAUCUAGAUCAAGUGUAACGCUCCCAGAAGAUAAUAAAAAUAUAAAAUUAACGUAACAAAUUGUUAUUGUUAUUAUUUCUCCAAAUGAAAUAUCUAAAAAAAGAAGUUGUUUAAUUUUUUAUUAUAAAUAAUAUAAAAACGAACGAAUGUACGGUAAGGAAUUGUUGAUUAAUUAUUUAUUUGGCUGUUUUAAAUCCGAUAAGAAGUGGCUGCCGCCCGGAGUAUCAACCCCGUGCGGCAAGAAAAUUUGACUGAUUUUUGGGAUCAAGUCAAUUAAAACUUCCACCAUUCCGCCAAUAACAAAGUGCCGGCCCGCAGGGUGGCGAUCAUUUGAUAAGGGUUGUAUCUGCGAUAGACUGGUUGGCCAGUCUGUUGGUGGGUAUUCAAGUUACAGCAACAACUGGAAGUUGGCCCUAAACGCAGAGCCUCCGUGGCUUUGCUAGCACCCCUAACGCUGACAAAUAUAUAAAUUAUCACAACAAAAUAAUUUCAAUUCAUAUUGACAGCUGCCUCAUUGCUGCCUAGCACUCUGCAGAGUUUAAUAAUCUCCAUCAAAAAAACAAAAGAAGAAGAAGAAAAAUAAUAAAGAAAAAAUAAAAAAAAAAAACAAACCAAUCAAUUGGUGAUUGAAGAAAAUAAAUAUAUUAAUAAAUAAAAUAAUAAUCAAUUAUAAUCAAGAUGAAAGUAUCAAAAAUGGACGAACGUAUUCAUGUAUUGGACAGUUCAUCAAAUGUCAUGUCUGUUAUUGAAGAAAUAACAAACAGUGGAUUACAAGAAGAAGCAUUUUAUGUAUUAGAUAUUGGUGACAUUGUUAAAAAACAUCAAAUAUGGAAAGAAAAAUUACCACGAGUUGAGCCAUUUUAUGCUGUUAAAUGUAAUGAUAGUUUAAUUGUACUUGAAGUAUUGGCAUCACUUGGUGCUAGUUUUGAUUGUGCAUCUAAAGUUGAAAUAAAUAAAGUACUUGAAAUUGGUGUUGAUGCUAAAAAAAUUAUAUUUGCUAAUCCAGCAAAACCAGCAUCACAUAUACGUCAUGCAGCAAAUGUUGGUGUUGAUACAAUGACUGUUGACAAUGAAAGUGAAUUACAUAAAAUAUUUAAAUUUCAUCAAACAGCUAAAAUUGUUAUACGUAUACGUUGUGAUGCUGAAAUUGCACAAUGUCAAUUGGGUAUGAAAUUUGGUUGUGAUCCAAUUUAUGAAGCACCAAAUUUAAUACGUUUAGCAAGAAUGAUGAAUCUCAAUGUUGUUGGUAUUAGUUUUCAUGUUGGUUCAGGUUGUCAAGAUCCACCAGUAUUUAAACGUGCAAUAAUUCAUGCUAAAAAGUUAUUUGAUUUAGCUAAAGAACUUGGAUUUAAACCAUAUUUACUUGAUCUUGGUGGUGGCUAUCCUGGUAACAAAGGAACAAGUAUUGAUAAAAUUGCAGAAAUUAUUAAUUCAGCACUUGAUGAUAAUUUUGAUGAUGAUGUUCACGUUAUUGCUGAGCCUGGACGUUUUUAUGUUGCUUCAGCAUUUACAUUGGCAACAAGUAUUCAUAGUAAACGUUCUGUUCGUAGUGAUAAAAUGUCACCAAAUUCAGUAACACAUAAUAUGUAUUACAUAAAUGAUGGAGUUUAUGGUUCAUUCAAUUGUCUUCUUUAUGAUCAUCAAAUUGUAACACCAAUUCCACUCAAGUCUGGAUGUGGAAAAAUGACACCAUCAAGUAUUUGGGGACCAACUUGUGAUGGUUUAGAUCUUGUUGUUGAAAAUAUGUUGUUACAUGAAAUGGAUCUUGGUGAUUGGAUUAUAUUUGAAGACAUGGGUGCUUAUACUCUUCCAGUUGCUUCUCCAUUCAAUGGUUUUCCAAUUCCAAAAGUUCAUGUUGUUGCUGAGGAACAUAUUUGGCUCAUGUUGAAAGAUGCUUUGCCACUUUCUGAGGAUCAUUUUGUUAUUGGUAACACACCAGCCAAUUUACGUCUUGGUCUUGAUAUUGGUGGUACAAAAAUUGAUGAUUGGAAAAAUCAACCAAUUGAUUGUAAUGGAUCAGACAUGAGUGAUGAAACAACAACAACAUCUGAUUUUAUCUAUGAUUACGUUGAGGUUGAACCAAUUAAUUAACAAUUCAUUAACACUUUUUUUUCUUUUCAUUCCGAUAUUUCUUGACAUGAAUAUUUUACUGCAUAAUUAAUUUCUUGAUGAUUUUUUCUAUAAUUUUACAAACAAAACAAACAAAAACCAACGAACUGAAAUUAUACAAAAACUACAAAAUCAAUUUUUUGAUAAAUAACUAAACACAAAUUAAUUAUAAUCAAUUUAAAAGUGUUUCUUAUUUGAUAGAAAAAAAGGCAUUUUUUAAAUGUCCUCGUUGAAUACAUUGCGGUUCGUUUUGACCGUGAAUUAUUUUUUUAUUCAAAUUUAAAAAAAUAAAUAAUAAUUGGUCUAUAAAUCAGUCAUUUCCGAUUGAGAUAAAAAUAUACUCUCUGUGUUCUAAUAAUUUUCAAUUGCCAUACGCAUGUGAAUGUCAAUUUAUCAUUUUAAUAUUUCAAUAAAUGGAAUUGUUAUUAUUUUAUUUUACAAUCUAAAUGUUGGUAGUUUAAAAAAAAAAAAAAACGUGGAUAAGUUAAAUGGAAAAUUUCCAGUGUGUUUAAAAAUUAUCAUUGGGAAUUAUUUAAAAUUUAAAAUUUGAGUAAACCAUUAGGGAAAAGCAGUAGGGUAAUGAUUAAAUGAAAAUUUUCAUAAGUUAACUUAAAAAAAAAACAGGAAAAUGAAUUAUUAAAAAACAAUUU